AUGGUGAAACCAAACUGCAAUACAUGCCAACUUUUUUUCCUCAAAGUGCCAACACAGCAAAUAAACAUGAAUACUGAGGUUUAAGUUUAGAAAAAACAACUCAUCUCUUCCUCCUCCUCUCCCACAGCAUCUUCUCCUCCUCUCCCCCAGGUUCUCCUCUUCUCCCCCCACCCCAGCAUCUCCUGCUCCUCUCCCCCAUCAAGUUAUCAAAUUUUAUGUGUAUCAAUACUUAGCCCUAUCUAUGGAUUCACCAUAAUUAAUUCCUGUUUGCCGUCUGUUAAGAGCAUGAGCCCAACAACAAUUUGUACUGAUAAUUGGCAGUAUACUUUUUUAAGAUGGACUAUGGUUGAUUUUUUUAUACUUUGUACCACUUAGAAGAUAUCUCACAUGUGUAAUUUCUAUAUUUGUCAGUAUGCAGAUAUUUUUAGAAAUUCAAUAAAAGUGAAGAUUUUUUGGUCUAAAUUUGUUAUGUAUCCUUCGUGACAAUUCUUCUCACUCCCGUUUAUCCACCUCUAUGAAACACUCCAUGUCUUUUUAGUUUUGCAGUAAUUAUUUCUUUGGCACCAAACGUGGGACGCCAUAUGCCAAAUGUUCUUCUAGCCCUUACCUACUGUAGGAAUUUUCAGAUUAUUUUCAUUUGGGCAAAACAAUAAUUGUUGCCCAUAUUAUAAAUGGGCAUGCAAAAAGAUCUGAGUAACUACAACAAGGGCCAAAUAGUGAUGGCCAGGUAACUGGGUCAUAGCAUCUCUAAAAUGGUAAGACUUGUGAGCAAUUCCUUGUAUGCAAUGGUUAGUACCUGACAAAAGUGGUGCAUGGAAGGAAAACCGGUGAACCUGUGUCAGGGUCAUGGGCGCCAAGGCUCAUUCAUGCACGUAGGGAGCAAAGACUAUCCUGUCAGGUCUGAUCACACCGAAGAGUUACUGUAAUUGCCGAGAAACUUAAUGCUGGCCAUGAUAGAAAGGUGUCAGAACACCCAAUGCAUCACAGUUUUCGCAUAUUUGGCUACGUAACCCCAAGGAGCAAUGGAAGAAACUUGCUUGGUCUGAUGAAUCACACUUUCUUUUAGAUCAGGUGGAUAGUCAGGAGCAUGUGCAUUGUUUGCCUGGGGAAGACACAGCAGCAAGAUACACUUUGAGAAUAAGACAGGCAGGCAGACUGAGGCAGUGUUAUGCUCUGGGCAAUAUUCUGCUGGGAAAGCUUGGAUCCUGGCAUUCAUGUGGACAAAUUACAGGCACCAAUUACUGUCCAACAUUCCUUAGCCCUACUCAGUAACAGCACCUACAUUGCAACUAAGCUAAUAGACACAGAUACAACGGGGUUAUGUAAAAAACAAAAUUGUGUUCUGAAAACUUGUCUAAAGUACUCUAAAUGGACUGUCACAAUGGAAACCAGUAGAGCCAGCACAGAUGUUGCAUCGAUGACUGCACCCCUUUUCAAUGUUGUUACCACUUUUCAGAACACCAAGCUUUCGAUAAAUAACCCUCAAAUUAAAAAAAAAAGUAUACGAAAGGAAUAUGCGAAAUUGACACGCAAUUGAGAUAGACCUAAAUCGUGAUGAUGUCAUGGGACUGCGACUGUGGCGCGACAGUUAGGUCAGUAUCUUACGCUUUUUUUUUCAAUAAAUAACCCUCAAAUUACUUUGUGGGCCUACCAUUAUCUCUGUAUGUGUUCUACAGAUUAUGGCCUUGAUUAAAAUAUUUUCGGAUUAGCUUUUCAAAUGAUUUAAUAUUUUUGCGUAAUGUAUAUAUUAUAGAACGUUGAUUUAUUGCUACAUUGUAUAUUAUGAUAUCCUGUGAGUAAUAUUGAUACAUUGUAUAUUAGUAUACACUGGGAGUUAUAUUGAUACAUUGUAUAUAUUAUAUACUGUGAGUUGUAUUGAUACAUUGUACAUAUUAUAUAACAUUGAUUUAUCGAUACAUUGUAUAUUAUUAUACACUGUGAGUUAUAUUGAUACAUUGUAUAUUAUUAUAUACUGUGAGUUACAUAGAUACAUUGUAUAUUAUUAUAUACUGAUAGUUAUAUUGAUACAUUGUAUAUAUUAUAUACUGGUGAUUACAUUGAUACAUUGUAUAUUAUUAUAUAAUGUGAGUUAUGUAGAUACAUUGUAUAUAAUAUAUACUGAUAAUUAUAUUGAUACAAUGUAUAUAUUAUAUAAUGGUGAUUUAUUGAUACAUUGUAUAUAUUAUAUACUGAUAGUUAUAUUGAUACAGUGUAGAUAUUAUUUAAUGGUGAUUUAUUGAUACAAUGCAUAUAUUAUAUAAUGUUGACUAUUUGAUACAUUGUAUAUAUUAUAUAACGUUGAUUUAUUGCUACAUUGUAUAUUAUUAUACACUGAUAGUUAUAUUGAUAUAUUGUAUAUUAUUAUAUACUGAUAGUUAUAUUUAUAUAUUGUAUAUUAUUAUACACUGAUAGUUAUAUUGAUAUAUUGUAUAUUAUUAUAUACUGAUAGUUAUAUUUAUAUAUUGUAUAUUAUUAUACACUGAUAGUUACAUUGAUACAUUGUAUAUUAUUAUAUACCGUUGAUUAUUUGAUACAUUGUAUAAAUCAGAUCGUUCUAUACUGCAGGCUGUAGCAGGUGUCGCGCGCAGUUCCCGCUCCUGUCCAGGUGGAGGAGGCACGAGCUCGGCUAAAGCCACUCUCGGGAGCGCGCGCUGCUCCUGGACUGGACGCGCGGGCACGAGGGCGGCUGGAUCCCGGGGACUUACUACGCGCGCCCCCCUAGCGAAAAGGAGGCGGGAGCGCGCUUCGUGCGGAGGAUGCUGCUGGUCUGAGCUGAGGCUGCAGAGACGGCUCUGUGUGCAGACAGAACAGCAUCUCACCCCCAGUACCCAUCCAGGCACCCAGAGAGAGGGCACUCACUGCCAGGUAAGACCAGGAGGCAGCCCACCCUGGGGGGAGCUGUCAGCAGAUCCCAGGUUUAUUAUCCCCUGGGUUUACUAUUCCACACACUGCAAGGCAACAGAUGCACUCUGCAGACACGGCUAAUCGGGUUAUCCCUGUGCUGGGCACUUUAACCUUAUCAGAAUCCCAUGUGCCAUCUCCACCCAAAUCCACCCAUCCAUCCAUCAUCCCAUCCUCUACAGAACUUUCAUCAUCUCCCUCCCACCUGCAUUGCUCUCUGUGGCCCCUGGAAUGCCCAAUGCAUGGUCACACACCCUGAAGGGGUUAAUAUGAUGAAUGUAUGUAGCUGGUCUCCCUGGUGUUGGGCAUAUGCCAGUAAUCCCCUUAUAUGUGGCACCAACCAUGCAGCUAUUGGCUGCUCUCUGAAUAUUAAUAAUGGACAAUCGAUUAGCAAUGUAGCUUCUGAUGCCUUAUUUCCCUGGAGAUAUUGACUGGCAUUAUCCAUUGUCUUACUGGGUCAGCCAUCCUGAUGUCCCCACACUACCGGGGAUUAGUGGGCUAUUCCACACAGCUCUCAGCCAAACAGAAGGCCCUUAGCAGGUGCAUUGGAUUUCCCAUACCUUUCCACUGACAGGGAACAGCCAUGAUCCCCAUCACACACAGCAUCCUCCUGUAUGUGGGGAGCCAGAAGGUAGAUCCCAUGUGCUAUAGAACUUCUACUACCAUGAUCUCUGUCAACCUUUAGGCCACCCCUGCUUGUAUCAUGGAAUAAAACACUAAGCACAGGGUAUCUGUAUCUAAGGUGCAGAAAAGUGGCAUCCAUGGCACAUCACCAUCAUGCUUUUCUUAUUUAAUACUGAAUUCAUAAAGCCAAUUAUUCAAUCAGGUCUGUAAAUAUGCAUAUACCUGUAUGGCGGUAUUUCAUUGAUUCGUUGUUUAUGUUAGCAUUGAAUUUAGGGAAAAUGGUGACAAGCAAAAAAUACAUUGUUACUGCUUAAUCGGUUGUUGCAUUCCUACCGUCCUUUUUGCAUGAUCUUUUUACUGUUCAUUUAGAUUUGACCUUUCAUUUAUGGCUUCCUAAAGGUUAUUGAGUGCACACUACUGACUACUAAUUUAUAAUAGUGUUCCCAGUCAUGAUGUUUUUAUUAAACUUCUUCCUAUCUGCUAUCUUCCUAUCUGCUAUCUUGAAGUAUGGGAUUUUAUUGCCAUAAAAUUAUCAACCUGAGAGCUAUUGUUUUUUUGUUUUUUUUCCCAUAACUAGGGAAAUUAUGUUACCUUGGAUGGUAUGUACGUUUUGGAUUUGAUAUUUUUUUUUUUUGCUUAGAACAGACAGGAAACAUGCCGUUCUCUGUCAUGUAGUUAUUAAACUACGAAUCAAACAUGAUGCUUUGGGAUUGUAAGAAUUGCAGUCAUUGUUGGAUUGCUACAUAUUGCCCAAUCUAAACUUUAAUUGAUGGCUUGCCAAGGACAUUGCACGCAGUGACAGCCAAUUGGACACUGGAGAAUUCAAACAGGAUGCAAAUGUGUGUGGCCUAUAAAAAAACACUAAAAUAUAUCAAUGUCUGUCUAGAAUAGUAGCCAGGGGACACAAUAUUGCCUGGGUCUUGACACAAUACAGAAAUGUUGUAUCUAUUUAAUUUGCAUCCUUAGAAUUGUUACUUUUUCACGGUUUAGGCUAUUCAAGAAACUGAGACUUGUGGAGGACUGUCAAAAACGAAGGCAAAAGUAAUAUGUUGCAAAACAGCCGUAUUGUAGACAUUUAGAAAUUUAGCUAGUUUGGACAACAAUUUGCAGUUUCCUGGACAAUUCCCCACAAAUCCUGGUUUAAUAAAAAACCGUGUAAGUCUUUGAUAUGUUCUUGGCCUGUGGUGAUCUCAAUUUGUUGGUCUAAUAAUCAGAUAUUAGUUUCAAAGGUGAUGUCUUAGUUUAUGUCACAGAGACAUGACGGGAAAUAGUCAAUAUUUUAUCUCCCAGCUAGUCAGGAAUCUCUUUUUUUUUUCUUUCUUACAAUAGCCAUUACAGCGCCACUUGAUGAAUUAUUAGAUGAUAUAGUAUAUUGUUUGGAGUUGCACUAUUUUAAUGGAAUGUACUGUUCAUAGUCAAAGCUUCAAAGUGUUGGUGAAAUAGUACUCUGCGGUGUGUACCUGGGAAAUGACUGCAUUUUACGUCAGAGCAGAAAAUAAAAUAUGAAACAGAGGAGACAUUGCAAUAGUAUGCUGUUAAAGUAUUCAGCACUCAAUUUAUGAUCAGAAUUGUGUUACUCAUCUUAGAACAUUGCAUCCUGCUACAUGAUUAAACUGUGGGCACAAUUCCUGAAUAUUGGUGACAUAAAUCCAAGUUAUUACCAUCGGCACUGGUAGAAAGAUAAUAUCUGUGAAUAUUGGUAGCAUUAUAACAUCUCUAUAGUAUCAAAGCUCCUGCUUUGGAAAACGUCAUUCUUUUUUGCUCCCUAAGAUUCUUGCACUAAUGUUUUGGUCUGUGUAUUUAUAUCUCAUGGGGAAAUCCCUGCUGUGUGAUAGGCAGUGCUCGGUGGAGGUCCCUCAUCUGAUUGUUACAUCACCAUGGAGACUGGAAGCUCAGAUGGGACCACAUAGUUCCUUGGAUCUCCUUAGAAUCUAUCUUGUGAUGCUACCAGGCCACACCACAGAAAAAUAGCAUGGGGGUCUUCAUAAAGGAAAUUUAUUCCACCCCCAUUACAUUUUUGAAUAUUCAUCCAGGGAUCUGUCUGUCAUGAGUUAGAGGAUCUGAGUCACAGAAAAUGACAUUUACAGCAAUUUAUUUUUUUAUAUUUAUUGUUUAGAGUUAUGCACAAGGCAUGGUGUGAUCGUGCUCAUAAUUAUUGCUCAUUUUAUAUGUGUGUUAGAUACCCAAUGGUUUUCAGCAGACAGCUGAUUGUUGUUUAUAAUCAGUACAGGGGAGAAAGUGUAGUUAAGAUUUACUCUGGCGAUUGCGUUACAUACGGGAGAUGCUGUCACUAUGGCAAACGAUGCCUGUCAGUGACUAAAGCAGUCUGCAUGAAUUAUAUUGAAAUGCUGAGGCUAAAAUAACUGUAUCUAUGGCUAAAUGGGAGAAUCUUUCCAAAUCUGCACUUUUUGUCUAAAUUUUGUGUUUCAGCUUUAGAUUCACUACAAUAUGCAGAAUUAUUUACUAAAUUAAGAAUUCAAAGUGAAAUUCAAAUUUAGGAUCAAAAUAGUUGAAAUAAAACAAUUAUCUAAAUCAGCUAUGCUUUGAGUUUGACUAUUCUGGUCUUAAAUUUGCAAUUCAUUCACUGAAUUCUCACAUUAGUUAGUAAUUUUGUUCAGUUGAGGACGGUGGGCCCGCUCUAGUAGUUUUAGAAUACCUGGCAAUAAAUGGGCAGAGUCAGAUUCUGGUAGUAAGUGUUAGAAUACCUGGCAAUAAAUGGGCAGAGUCAGAUUCUGGUAGUAGGUUUUAGAAUACCUGGCAAUAAAUGGGCAGAGUCAGAUUCUGUAGUAGGUUUUAGAAUACCUGGGAUUAAAUGAGCAGAGUCAUAUUCUAGUAGUAGGUUUUAGAAUACCUGGAAAUAAAUGGACAGAGUCAGAUGGUGGUAGUAGGUGUUAGAAUACCUGGCAAUAAAUGGGCAGAGUCAGAUUCUAGUAGUAGGUGUUAGAAUACCUGGAAAUAAAUGGGCAGAGUCAGAUUCUGGUAGUAGGUUUUAGAAUACCUGGGAAUAAAUGGGCAGAGUCAGAUUCUAGUAGUAGGUGUUAGAAUACCUGGCAAUAAAUGGGCAGAGUCAGAUUCUGGUAGUAGGUUUUAGAAUACCUGGCAAUAAAUGGGCAGAGUCAGAUUCUGUAGUAGGUUUUAGAAUACCUGGGAUUAAAUGAGCAGAGUCAUAUUCUAGUAGUAGGUUUUAGAAUACCUGGAAAUAAAUGGACAGAGUCAGAUGGUGGUAGUAGGUGUUAGAAUACCUGGCAAUAAAUGGGCAGAGUCAGAUUCUAGUAGUAGGUGUUAGAAUACCUGGAAAUAAAUGGGCAGAGUCAGAUUCUGGUAGUAGGUUUUAGAAUACCUGGGAAUAAAUGGGCAGAGUCAGAUUCUAGUAGUAGGUGUUAGAAUACCUGGCAAUAAAUGGGCAGAGUCAGAUUCUGGUAGUAGGUUUUAGAAUACCUGGAAAUAAAUGGGCAGAGUCAGAUUCUGGUAGUAAGUGUUAGAAUACCUGGAAAUAAAUGGGCAGAGUCAGAUUCUGGUAGUAAGUGUUAGAAUACCUGGCAAUAAAUGGGCAGAGUCAGAUUCUAAUAGUAAGUUUUAGAAUACCUGGAAAUAAAUGGGCAGAGUCAGAUUCUGGUUGUAGGUUUUAGAUACCUGUAAAUAAAUGGGAAAAGUCAGAUUCUGGCGGUAGCUUUUAAUGUCCCAUCGUAUUCAAACUUCACCAUGCAGGCAGCCACCAUUGCCACCAUUGCCUGUUGAAUUCAUUGACUGCCAAACUGGUAAUCUCUAAAAUUGUAGAUUGCUAACUGUUUUCGUGCUACAAAACAUAAAAAUGACUUUCAACAGCUGCUAAAAGUUUACUAUAUCACAUAGAGAUCUAUAAGAGAUUCUGAAUGACGAAUAGGAAAAUUGGAAUCCAGAAAACUGCCACUUGUUUUUAUCUGACAAAAAAAAUAUACUUGCGUAAUUCUAUGUGUAAAUGUGAAAAAACAAGAUAACAAAUGCAAAUGCUUAGUAAAUAAAUGGUUGUCCUUCACUGCACCACUUUUGGUAGGUAUUAAGCACUGCAUACUGGGAAAAUCCCCCCAAAAUGAUUUGGAGAAGCUCUGACCCAGUCAUAGCCGUUACUAUUUGUUCCUCGUCAUUGCUGAUGCGUCUUCCCAUUUUCGUAGGCAUAGAUUUUAGAGACUUGCAUCAUGUGUGAAUUAGGUUACAGUAGGAAUUGAGGUCCCUUGGGAAUGAUAGUUAGAUCAAUGGUUUCAGAAAUUGUCAACAGUUGAAGAAAAACUUCAUCGAAAAAACGAAUUAAUGACAGGAACGCAACAGGUUGGUCAAAUCACUAUAUGAUGAAUCUAGUUGGUACAUUGGCUACUUUAACUGACCUGUUCCUGUUUGCAUCUAGGUUAUGCUAAUCACAUUUUUGAGUUGGGAACUUCUUAUUGCCAAUAAUUUGGGUAUAAAUUGAGUGAAGGAUUAUGGGUGAGCAGCAGGUUCUGUACCUUUACCUUCUUUUCACCUUCUCCAUUGAUGAAGAGGAACGUGGGAUUCUCCUCAUUGAGCUAUAGUUGACAUUUGGAUAAUGCAAUGUUUUUCAGAAUGUUGUUUUAUUUUCCCAAGGUGCCAUUCAAUAGCGUGCGCCAAUUGCAUCCAAAAAAUAUUCCAUGUUAUGGUCGUCAUUUACUGUAAAAGAUAGUUAGUGUUCCUCCAAAAUGAGUGGAAAAUGCUGUAAAUGACAGAGAAAUACAGGCUUUACUGUAGAACACUUUUGCUAUGUCUCUCUGCUCUCGCAUUUGAUCUAAAGGUCAGUAGAUGCAAAGUAGGACUGUUCACAAAGCAUGUUUUGUCAUCUUGCAUGAUAGUUACAUAAAUAAACCAAAUACUCAUUGAUAUUAAAUUUAGCAUUAAUCUGAAAUAUCAUAGUUAUUAAUAUGAUCACCUGAUUUUCCUGAUGAUGCUUUGUUAUACUAUAAGAUAACUUCAAAGGUCUGUGUAAUGCAGUUUGUAGUAUAAUAUGUCUGUUUGUUCUGCAUUCAGAUCUGUCAUCACAUUGAAAAGAUUAAAAAUUCUAGAAAUGUUUAUCCAUAAACAGAAAGCUGUUGGAUACUGUACAGAUGAGAUUUCCAGAGAGACUACGUAUUCUGGAAACACAAUGCAUUAGGGUAGGGGACAGCCAAAAAGGUAGAUCCUUAGAUGUUGAAGAAAUAUAACUCUCAUGAUGCUGCGCAAGCUCAAAGGCCAGCAAAGCGUUGUGGGAUUUGUAUUACUUACAGAGCUGGGAAUUGACAUUUUUCACCUCAAAUUAGGAUGAUUCAGAGUUGAUAACUGCACAAAAUAAUUAGUGUAACGGAGUCAUUUUAGCAGUUCUUCUCUAUCAACAAAUGUAUCAAUAUAAUCAUAGAACACAUUAUUGGCUGAUGGCAACUGCAGUUAGCUUGUUACAUUGUACACUACGAUUUCAGUCUGAAAUAGCCCACAUUUCUCACCGUGGUCAACUGGGAGUGUCUUAGACAUCAUGGACAGCCUGCGUACCUAAGAUUAAAGCUUUGAGCUUCCUGUCAAUGGCAAACACAGGCAUAUAUCAUUAAAAACACAGUUCUGAUUUCUUCUAUUUAUUUUAUUGUUGCUUUCAUGAACAUAUAGAAAAAUGUUGCCGCUUAAGAUUCAUUUUCCAUUUUGUGACUGAGUGUAUGUGAUUGGAGUUAAUGCAGAGAGUAGAGACAAGACAAAAUAUAUCCAGGUGACCUCAAUAUGUUUUGGAUUCUUUAAUACAUAUGAAUUAUAAAAAACACAUGAAAACAAGAUACAUGUAAGCAUAUAAUAAUCCACUCACAUAUAAUUGAGCUAUCCCAAAGCUCAAAGUAACAUGUAUGGAGUGGAGCCGUUCCUGCUUUGGGAUAUAAUAUUGAGUAGAGCAAGGUGGUUAUAUAAAAUAAACAGAAAGACUAAUAGUGCAGAUUGUAUAUGAAAGAGACCGAACUAAACAAAUACGCUGCUUACAACGUAGAGAGCAUCAGCAUGCUCAUAUAAAUUAUUAUAGGAUGUAUCAUCCCUACCAAGGAUCUGUGUAGCACAUAUUGUCUUGGACAACUAAGAAGGCAUGCAGGAGGCAGAAAUCCAGAAUAAAAUCAUCCAAAAUGUAAUCAAAGCAUAAUAGUCUCACAUUAGUGGAUUUUGCUACUUUGUUGGAGCAUUUCCUGAGUGAACGCUAAAAGUCACAUGAUUGAGAGAUUCAUGGUAAAACCAAAAGUCUUUAUCAAUUUGGUUAGUUUAAACAGUACACGUGUGUAACACAAUCACAUGGCUCUAACAUGUGCAGUCAAUGUCCUGCUCUCAAACGUUGUGAAAUUUCCUGCCCUUCAUGCUACAUACACUGAUCAACCACAACAUUAAGACUACAGACAGGUGAAGUGAAUAACAUUGAUUACAAUGGUACCUGUGAAGGAUUGGGAUAUAUUAGGCAGAAAGUGAACAGUCAGGCCGUCUGGUCCGAUCACACAGAAGAACUACUCUAGUUCAAACUGCUGAAAAACUUAUUGUUGGCCAUGGAUAGAAAGGUAUCAGAGCACACAGUGCAUUGCAGUUUUCUGUGUAUGCACCUGUACAGACACAGACUGUUUAGAGUUCUCAUCAUGACUCAUUUCCACUGCUGAAAGCCGACAUGAGUUUCAGAACUGGGCCAUAGAGUAAUGGAAGAAGGUUACCUGGUCUGAUGAGUCACAUGUUUGUUUAAAUCAGGUGGAUGGCCAGGUGCGUAAUUUACUUGGGGAAGAGAUGGCUUUAGAAUGCAUUAUAGGAAAAAGGGAGAUUGACGGAGGCAGUUUUAUGCUCUGAGUAACCUUGGGUCCUGGUAUUCAUGUGGAUGCUACAUUGAAACAUACCACCUACCUAGAGAUCAUUGCAAACCACAUAUAGUGGUAAUAGUGUUUCCUGAUGUCAGUGGCCUCUUUCAGCAGGAUAAUGCACCCUGCCACACUGCAAAACCUGUUUAGGAGUUAUUUGAGGAACUUGACAAAGAGUUCGUGGUGUUACCUUGACCUCCAAAUUCUCCAGAUCUCAAUCCGAUUGAGCAUCUGUGGGAUGUGCUAUAAAACAGAUCUGAUCCAUGGAGGUCUCAUCUCACAACUUGCAAAAGUUAAAGGCUCCCCCUGCUAAUAUCUUGGUGCCAGAUACCAAACAACACAUUCAGAGGUCUUGUGGAGUCUAUGCCUGUAUACAUCAGAGCUGUUUUGGCAACACGAGGGGGACCUACACUUCCUUUCUAUUAGGUAGAUGGGAUAAAUGUUGUGGCUGAUCAGUGUAUGUACAGAAUUAAAAUGCACGUAACUUUUAAUGCAACAUUUGGAUUUUAAUGGUGCAGUGCUUGUUAGAUUCAUCAUCAUCCAAAUCUGUAUGAAUUAUAUAGUUAAUAAAAUACUACUACUUCUUAAUACUAUUGCAAAUAAUUAUUUUAACAUAAUUUAAAUAUUUACUACAUCCAAUAUAUUACUGUAAAAGUGAGUUUACUUAUCUAAACCUCUCCCUUGUGGGCUCCGCCAUCUUGGUCCAGCACGGUCCUCCUCGGCACUGAUGUUACUGCUGUGCUCUUGCACAUGCGCAAGAGUACAGCAUUAAAGUCUAUGGGGGAUCCAGCAAGACCACGGGGACCUUUCUAAGAUACAGCCACGUCCCUGCAGCCAUCACUGGUGAUGGCUGCAGGGAUUGACACUUAGGCUCCGCUUUGUGUCAAGAAGUGUCAAGCGGAGGAGAAAUACAGAGACAAAGUUACAUUUAUUUGUAAGAGAAAGGUUGACAAUGAUGUGAAUGUUUUUGCAAAGUGUAUAAGAUACAAUGUAUACAUUGCAGCAAAUGUUUUUUUUUUAGAAUCUAGAAUGUCCCUUUAAAUUUUGCAAACACUAUUUUUAUUUUUACACAAUUCACGAUUAAAUAAAUUACAUUGUAUAGCCAUACUAGUCUUGACUAGCAACUUAUAUUUUCUAUUGUUGGACUCACUGAGUUAUACACAAGUUUAGAAAAUAUUAUGGUGAGAGUCCUUUCUCUGACAAGCAUCAUGUAUUUUGUUAUGUCAAGCACUGGGACUUGUAAGGCGCUGACACCAGCAUUUAAAGCAAGUGCCAUUGUCUCUUUUUUUUUGUCAGUCCCUGCAAGUUUCUCGAGAACAAUCUAAAUAUACAUGAGGAUAGCAUGCUGCAUUAAUUAGCCUAAUGCUUCCCUGUGGUAAAGAUUUAUAAAGCUUCUAUCCCGGGUUAUCCUUUUGUUUAUUAUACAAAGAUUGCAUUGAAAUACUAUUUUUAGAUCAAAUCCAGAUAUGAAUUUCAUAGUCCAAAAACAGGACCUUUACCAACCUUUUCAUUAACAUUUAAACCAUUUGAUGUCAGAUUAAUGACUAAGCAGCUAAUUGGUUGAUACAAUAAUGAAGGGAUUUGCAUAGAAAUGAGCCCUCUGUGUUCCAAUUUGCAGAGAAAAGAUUGAGUGCAAAAGUUUUUGCCAGGAAAAAUAACACGUUUUGUUCGUAUUUUUUUUGUAAACUCUCCAUAUUUUCCGUCAGUGUUGAGGAUUUCGUAAAAUAAAACCACACACAUUUUUUAUCAUUACAUUAGCUGAGUGCCCCAUUCCUGAUCUAGGCUAUUCCCAGCAGCCUUUGACGGCUUAUUUUAGCCGAAUAACAUCAAGCUUUUAAAUUAUAAUUACCAAAUCAUUUUUUUUUGUAGUGCUUCUUGAUGUCACUAUAAUUAAACCAUUCAAUCUCAUACAUUUCAAAGGACAGAAUGAGAGCUGUCUUUGCUGGCAGAUUUCAAAUAUUUAAAAAAAAAUAAUAAUAGAGAAGCCAGCCAAUAUUUAAAGUUCCUUUUAAAAGAUAUGUUUUGAAAAGGCAAUAAUAAGCUAGUAGUCUAGUAGUAUUUGCAUUUCAGUAGAUGUUUUAUUUGUAUACUGUUAGAAGAGGGAGCAUCACCUUGUAAGCUAGAGCUAUCAGUUAGGAUAUUCGGUGUAUCUCUGGGUCCGGGGUUGGUGGUCUGGAAGCACAAUAGACACUAAUGUAGUGUAGUAUAUUUGGUGUUAUUCGUAGGGUAAAUAUAUAUGUCAAAAUGCACUCACAUAUUAUGGAGCCUUCUACUGGCUCCCAGUAAACAGCAUAAAGUGGUAUAAUUCUUACUCUUGAACAUGAUACCUGGCUGAAGUGUUGAUGGUGGUGUUAUAUGAAUAAAACCAGAAAUAAUAUAUAGUGCUCAGUGUUAUAUAAAAAAGUGUAAAAUGAACUGGAAAAGUAGAGAAAAAUAACGAUUUUGCUCAAUCCCUCCACCAAGGAAACAUAGAAACAUAGAAUGUGACGGCAGAUAAGAACCAUUCGGCCCAUCUAGUCUGCCCAAUUUUCUAAAGACUUUCAUUAGUCCCUAGUCUUAUCUUAUAGUUAGGAUAGCCUUAUGCCUAUCCCACGCAUGCUUAAACUCCUUUACUGUGUUAACCUCUACCACUUCAGCUGGAAGGCUAUUCCAUGCAUCCGCUACCCUCUCAGUAAAGUAAUACUUCCUGAUAUUAUUUUUAAACCUUUGUCCCUCUAAUUUAAGACUAUGUCCUCUUGUUAUCGUAGUUUUUCUUCUUUUAAAUAUUGUCUCCUCCUUUACUGUGUUGAUUCCCUUUAUGUUUUUAAAUGUUUCUAUCAUAUCCCCCCUGUCUCGUCUUUCCUCCAAGCUAUACAUGUUAAGAUCCUUUAACCUUUCCUGUGGUGUCCAAACUUCAGGAAAAAUCGGGAUGGUCUAGGUUGGUUAAUUCAUUAAUUUAAUUAGUAAUCCCAUAUACAAAUAAAAAGAUAAAAACAAGUAAAACAAGUUGAAUAGUAACACUAACGUGUUCUAUUUAUUAGCAAACCUUUCUUACGUUAAAUAUGGUACGAAAAAUGCAAUCAGCCUGAUAGAAUACAUAUUUUCAGCUCUGUUUUGCAUUACUUGAUACAUUUACACGAAUGCCCUUUUAAGCUGCGUGAACAGUCACGGAAAGUGAAAGAUCUAUAAAUUUCAGGGAUUGAAGGCUGCUGGAGGAAUAAUGUGGGAGAUCAAGACCAAUGAAAGAUGUCAUGAAUCUAAAAUCCCUUUCAGUGGGCACGGCAUUCAAGCUAUGUAGCAUACAUUAUUUUUUUCUUAGAUUCACAUAUUGUUUUUCAUAUCAUUAGUCACACAAAGAGCUUUUUUUUUCAGGAGGAAAAGCAAACAAUUUACUUUAAUUAUCUUCUUUCAUUUUGAUUGCAAGAAUACUACAAUUAUAAUUCCAAGCGCAGAUAAUUUAAUUGAAGUUAGAGGGACGUUCUAACGUCCAAAUACAAAAAUAAAUUAAAAAACACUGUUUAGUAGAUAUACCCUCAACGAAAACAUGCGUGCAUUUAAUUAUGCACUUUUUCUUUGGGUGUGUAUAUCUAAAAACAGCUUGCCAAAGCUGCAGAUCUCUUGUCUGCAGUCUUUGCAAACCCUUCCAUUCUAGGAAAUGCUAGCAGAAUGCUUGGUUGUAUAGGGAGAGGUAUUAGCAGUAGAAAGAGGGAAGUGAUCAUGCCAUUGUACAGAACACUGGUGAGACCUCACUUGGAGUAUUGUACGCAGUACUGGAGACCAUAUCCCCAGAAGGAUAUUGAUACUUUGGAGAGAGUUCAGAGAAGGGCUACUAAACUAGUUCAUGGAUUGCAGGAUAAAAUUUACCAGGAAAGGUUAAAGGAUCUUAACAUGUAUAGCUUGGAGGAAAGACGAGACAAAGGGGGAUAUGAUAGAAACAUUUAAAUACAAAAAGGGAAUCAAUACCGUAAAGGAGGAGACUAUAUUUAAAAGAAGAAAAACUACCACAACAAGAGGACAUAGUUUUAAAUUAGAGGGACAAAGGUUUAAAAAUUAUUUCAGGAAGUAUUACUUUACUGAGAGGGUAGUGGGUGCAUGGAAUAGCCUUCCAGCUGAAGUGGUAGAGGUUCACACAGUGAGGGAGUUUAAGCAUGUGUGGGGUAGGCAUAAGGCUAUCCUCCAAAGAAAAAAGUUACCUGCGCUCUUCCCAAAUCCCAAUGCAUAUUUAAACAAAUGGAGGUUAUUUCGUUUCUGUAAUGGCCAUGAAAGAGUUUAGCCCACCUGCCACGUCAAGGCAAACCUCUCAGGUGGGUCCUACACUAACCUUUUACCCUGCUUCCUUGAGCUUCUGGAAAAGAUAUCUUGAAUGAGACAGAGAGGGGUAUUUUUUAUAUACACCCCUAUAUGCUUAUUAAUCCUUAAUAGGAAACACAUGGGAUGGGCGGCAAUAUUGUAACAUAGCUGUGUGAUCCAAUAGAUAAUAAAAAUACAAAAAAACAAGUCCUGUGGUCAAAAUCCCACUACUCUUGGAUGGCAGCAACGACCAUAGUACACAUACAGUAAAAAUCUAAGAAAAAAGUUACCUGCGCUCUUCCCAUAUCCCUAUUUAGUUUCUCCAAUGGCCAUGCGAGAGUUUAACCCACCUGCCACGUCUGGGCUGAUGUGUACUAUGGCCGUUGCUGCCACCCAAGAGUAGUGCAGGACUUGUUUUUUUGUAUAAGGGUAUCCUCGACUUAAAAUAAGGCCAGGGACUAAUGAAAGUAUUUAGAAAAUUAGGCAGACUAGAUGGGCCAAAUGGUCCUUAUCUGCCGUCACAUUCUAUGUUUCUAUGUUCUAACCCCGCCCAGACUUUCUUUGGCUGUCCAAUCACAGACUUCCCAAUACAGCUCAAUGAGAAGUCUUUUCAAAGCAGGUGCUCUGGGCAAUUUCUGCCUCUUGUGUUUGGCUCCUCUGAGCUAACCAAAAAAUGAAGUAACAGAGCCGGUUGUCUGAUUGAAAGCCAGGUGGAUGUAACAAGGUUAAUUUAUAAAAGUGUAAAUUUAUGAACUAGUACUUCGCAUUUCGUGUGAAAAAACAUCUACUCUAAAACAAGAAUGGAUAGCUUGGGAAGAUAAAGUUAGGCUUCAGUACAAACUUUGACCAUGUUUCCCACAUGACAAAACAAAAUAUUUUAUUUUCUUAUAAUAAUUACCAUUUAUAAUAUAAUUUAAAAACAUAAUUAUACAAAACAUAUAUGACAUACUUGUACUCCCCCCCACCCCUUUAAAAAAAAUAUGUAUUACUAGCUACAUGGAUAUAAACUAUUAUUAUAACCCCGUUUGUUUUUUCUUUGUUAGCUUUUGUUUUUCAUUUUGAUUGUGUUAUUAAUAUUGUAAUUGUUACAUUCUACACUUAUUGUACUAAUUGUUACUAUCGAUAUGUACACUUAUUUUGAUGUGUAAAUUUAAAUAGAAACAUGAAAAAAGUGUAAAUUUCUUUUGAAAUCUGCCCUUUUAGUAACAUGAAACAAAAAGGAAACACUCUUCACACAUAAGGCACUUCAGCAGCAACAUUGCUCUAGGUUUCUGGAUUGUGCCUUGAAAAAUUCUGUUGAAUGUCAUGAUAACUGGAGAUAUUCUAAGCUAGUAAAAGUCACAAGGCUCCUCUACUUAUUUCCUUUAUACCUGAAAUAAGAAUCCUUGUUAAAGGACCACUAUAGGCACCCAGACCACUUCAGCUCAAUGAGUGUUAACCCUGCAGCUAUAAAGAGAAACUGCUAUGUUUACACUAGGGUUAAUCCUGUGAAAAUUACAGUGAGAAGACGCUGGACGUCCAUAGGAAAGCCGUGAGAGAUGCUUUCCUAUGGACUAUUUGAAUGUGCGCGCGGCUCUUGCCAUUCGGCGCUGACGUCAGCAGAGGGAGGAGAGUUCCCCAGCGCCGAGGGAGCCCGGUGCUUGAGAAAGGUAAGUGUUUAGCCCCUUCAGCCCCCUUCAGCACAGCGGUAGUGGGGCCCUGAGGGUGGGGGGGACUUAAAGAUCCUAUAGUGCCAGGAAAACGAGUUUGUUUUCCUGGCACUAUAGUGGUCCUUUAAGCAUUAAAAUUUCUCGGAGCAGUGUGGAUAUUGCAUAUUCAACUAUCAAUAAAUAGCAACGUGAACAAUAUAGAGCCUUAUGUAAGUUGUAAUAUAGCAGCCAGGCAACUACAGAUUGGUUGCCUCUGCUUACAGUUAGGUACAUUGACCUAACUCAUGUUAUUUUUUACAUAGUGUUAUUAAUAAAAGUAAUAAUAACUUCAGUCUUUAACCAGGCAUAGUAUGUUUAUAUUUAAGUAAGCUUUCAGGAAAUCAAGUGUUUUUUAUGCUAUGGCUGCCCACUUGUUGGUACUCAAUUCAUUGACCUCUGAGAUGAAAACAGACUGAUUUGAAUCAAUCUGAAAUGUCAAGAGGUACUAAAGACACUGGAAUAGGGCUGGUGUCAGCAUUAUUGGUUACACAGAGGAAGAUGCAUUGUACCAACCCUCACUCUUCUAAUUCCGCAUACCUCCCACUUUUCCCACUUCUUACACUCUUCAGCCCUCAACGAAUAAUUUACAUCAUGUAAUUUUCCUCUAGGAUGUAUAGGGAGUUAGUUACAUAGACUGCUAUUAUGAGGUCAUGAAGUCAACUAACAUAUUCCAGAUGGCUCCACCUCCUGACCACACUUUUCAUCGUUCCCCAAAAAGUGACCCUCAUUAGCCUUCAGAAAUGUUGGAAAGUAUGAUUAGGUAAUGGUUAGGCUCUCAGGAAGUAUUCUGACUUACGUUAGUAUUUUAUUCUCUUAGUAGAUAGAUUCCGAACUGAUAUUAUACACAUUCUGAUUAUGUUGGUGCGUGUUAAAUGCAUAUUGCUAAUAAAAAUUUCCUCUUUCUUAUUUAGUGAAUUAAUACUAUACUAUUACCAUCCUAGUGACCUUAGUUUGAGGAAUUUGUUGCUUAAGUAAGUGAUACUUCCAAACGGAUGUAAAAAUAAGCAUCCGAACUAUCCUAAACUUUACAUGACCAUAAGUAACAUUUGUCACAAUCUCCUGUAAGGUAAAUACAAGUGAGUGUCCGGGUUUAUCCGAGUUUCUUAAAGGCUGUGUAGAAGUCUUUUCAGAUAUUUUACCGCAAACGAAAAGGACCAGAAACAAAAAAUAAAGAGAAAAAAAAUCUGAACAAAGGCUUUCUGUUUUUUCUGUCCCACUUGCUGGGCUGUUGUCUUUUUCCCUUUUCACUGGAGGAAGGGUAGUACAGGGUCAAAGUUGAACAACACUGAAAAGACAUUCAAGCCUGACUGUUAAAAUCUGAAUUAUACGAUUUGAGGACGAGCGUAUUCACAGGAGUUUUUUUCCCCAGUCUUUGAGAAUUUGAGGUGACAGAUGGUGUUGCGACAAUGUACAAUAAAUGCAGUGCUUGAUCUUCUAAUUUGAACCGAGUUUAUACUUUUUAUAAACUUAGAUGGUAAACAUGCAAGUUGACUUGUUUCCCCCCCCCAAAAAAAAAAAUUUAAAAGAAGAAAAGAAAAACAAAAGCUCUGGAAGUAAUCUCGUUGUAAAGUAAACAAACAACGAGGAAGCCCGUGUUCAAUUCGGCUGCAUUGUCAAAAAUGAGCUGCAGUACACACAAAGCAGACCUCUGAGGGGCUUAUAAAACUCUUAAUUUCAUGGUUAAUUAUGAUCUUUUUAGAAAUUCCUCGUUGUGCAGCCCAAGCAUGUCUAGGUCUAGUGCAUUGCAUGUUUUAUGUCCCUGUGAUACAAUAAAACAAAAACAAAAAUUACAUAAAAAAAGAGAAUGUUUUCUAAAUAUGAGUUUAUAUAUUUAUUUCCCUAUAUUUUCUAAGUCUGCAUUGACUCAUUUAUGCAAAAUUAUAUUACAUGUAUAUUAUAUACUUGUUACGGCUCCUCCGGUAGGAGAGGGGUUACUGCCGUAUAGGACGUUCCCUUACCGAAUGCAGAGAUAGCUACUGAGCGCUCCAAACUGCCGAACAGCAAUCACACGUAUCCGUUGGUCUCCAAAAACAGCCGAACAACAAUCACACAAAUCAGUCAGUCUCCCAAAUAGUCGAACAAGCAUAAUCCAUACGAAUAAUCCCCCCAAUGACGAGACAAAGCUCUAUAUUGAGGGUCAGCAGGAAUCUGUUUUACUGAGGGCUACCUGCCCGGUAUUUAUGCAGGUCUCCCACCUGGUGGACACUCCCAUAGGGGACCAGAUGGGAGACUGUGACAAGGACAUUACAACAACCAAUAACAGUGUUACACAUGUAGCCACAUUUUCCACUUUAAUCACUGGAAAUAGACCGGCCGCACAGCCUAAGUCUCUAAAACUAUUUUGGGCAAGAAGCCAUGCUUGCGGCCCGUCAAAAAGAGACUUCCGUGAAAGCUUUAAUUUUUUUGAUUUGUUGUUCACCCAAAUCAGGGCUAUGUUUUAGGGGUAUGUUAUGUUUUGGGGGUAUGUUAUGUUUUGGGGUACUUUCUGAACUUUGUGAAAAUGUGUUUUUUCUACCUGGAGAUAAUUGAGUUACUUAGAGGACUUUACUCAAUUAUCCCCCAAGCAGAGGGGAGGGAUUGUGUGCUGUACAUGGGUGUGUCACAGACUGUAUGCUUGUUCUAAUUGGUUUGUGUCCUUUGUGUUCCUGUGCCCUAUCAGGUCCAGGGGGUGUUCCUCUGGCAUGGAGAAUUGUAUAAAAGCCAACUUGAACCAUUAACGAUCAGAUCAUCUUACACCUUCAUGAAGUCUUGGCUCAUGUUUGGGGGAUUGGAGAACUACACUUUUGGGAUUGCUAUAAUCACUAUAUUCUGAGUAUAAUCACUAUGCUCUUGCAAGAGCCGUUCCUACUACGCUAUCAGCACUAAGAGAGGCCUACCCGCUGGAAGCUGGAUCCUGGUCUUGAGUCCAGGGUGGGUGGAGGACGGCGAGACCCCAACAAAGCUGCAGCAGUUUGUUGGGUUUACGGUGGUUAUGGUGUUCCAGUGCAGUGCUUAUGGUACUCACCAGUACUAGGAAACAGCAACUGACGGAGAUACCCGGUUGGGUUGCCAGGCGGUCCUUCACACUCUUUUUUUUAAUUGAAAGCAUUGUAGAUAUAAGAGCUGUACAGCAAGGAUGGUGGAGACUAAUACAGAAUAAUUCAAGAAAGUUUACGAUAGACUCACUGUUGUCUUGAGCAUGAAACACAAUAACUAAAAAGCCUGUGCUUUUGAAUAGGAAAUAGGUGAACUUAAUGGCCAUAUGCCUUUAUCUGCCAUCAAACUAUGGUUUUAUCUGAAGAUAUAAAUGGAGGAAGGGUUCCCUGAUGUCUUUAUAAACUAAAAAAAUAUAUUACAGAGAAAUGUAUGCAGGCUUUGUGACUGUGACUGCCUGAGAACUGAAAUUGAGUGAAAUUUCCUGAAUCCUCCACAAGGAGAAGAAAAACACUUCAAUCCAUGAAGACAAGUAAAGGGACUUUAAGGAAGUCCAUAAAUAGGCACAAAAGGCGUCAGAAAUGAUUGUUCUUCCCCUGUACGCCCGAGCCAGCGUGUAACCUUAUUUUAAUAAAAAUCCCUUUUUUCCUUUUUUUUGUGGAGUUUUUCAUUUCUCCGUGGGGAAAUCCAGCAGUUCCACUCAAUUUCAAGUAUCCCAAUGUCUUACUGGCCACAAUCCCAAUUUUAUUCAGUUUGACUCAAUAAAGGACAUUAUGUAUAUACUAUGCUCAUUAUUCAAUAGAAAAUGCAUUGUAUUUAUGGAUUGGAAGACUAGUAAAGUUACCCAGGAUUAUAACAGAUGGCAAAUCACAUUGUUGCAUAGUAUUAUGGGCAGAGUCAUUUUAUUUAACACUACACCCUUUUCAGGAACAUCACGUUACUGUUUUAGCAACAUCACACGCGGCUGUGAUCCAGAGCUAGAUAUGUAAAGGGAAGUAAAAUAUCAUUAAAAAAAACACAUCUAGAUUAAAUAAAUAAUGUCACCCCACAAAUAAUGAGUAUAUGAUGCUGAAAUAUCCUGUUGAAGAUAUAUUUUGUUUUUAUAGAAAAUCAGACAUGGGGAGGUACUACUCUGAAUAUGAAGUUUAUUGUGGGAUAUUUAUUUCUUAGGUUGUAGUGAGGCUUGUCAUUUGAUCCAUCAUACUCUACAUUUCUGUAGGGAUACCUUUACUGUAGUUGUUUUGGUGAAACUUAAUAUUGUCCCUCCCUCUUUUUCCCCUUUGCUUUAUCUUUCUUAAGCCUCCACCCUCAACAAUACUAAACUUUGUUCUGUAUUCAGGACUCUAUACUUUGCUUUGAAUGUGUUUGUGUUGAAUGAGGCUAAAAGCAGUUUGAAUGAGGGAGUUUUGCAGGUGUUCUGUGUAUUUUCUGGGAGAUAGCCAGGCAAGGCCACUGGAACAAGUUUUUGUUCUGAAUUCAUAGAAUCAAAUUACAAUAGGAUACAUAUCAAAAUCACGGCAUAGCUAACUAAUGAGUAAAGACUAUAUGAUUUGCAUUAAUAUAUAUGCUCACUCACAAUUAGUAAAAUAACCAAACACCACAUGUGAUAUUUAUGGUGAUCACAGUGCCCCUUUAAUUUGUGUCUGUAAAUAUGUACCCUACAUGAUUGCAAUAACAAUGAAGUGUAUAAAUGUGUACAGAUAAGAUACUUAACCUCGCUUAUCUACUACUUGUGGUUUAACAUUUACUCCCCCAAAAAUGUGAAGCCAUACUAUUGGUUCUAGGAUUAAUUGUUACGGGAACCCAGAGUUCUGAUCCAAUUUGAGAUCUUGCACUGGAGCCAACCUUCAGGUAAGAAAGCACCCAGGGAUCUCCUGGCAUUAUGACAACUUCAGUCAAUGAGUUUGUUAUGGUUCCAGAGUGUUCAUUGCAGGGUUCUGUAGUGGAGCUCAAAUACCAUGGCUAUGUAUCUCCACUAUUCCUUCCUCGAAGCUGAACGAAGCGCUGUAAUAAUCCAAGACCUUUCCCCCUCCCCCAGCAACUAGAUGACACAUAGUACUGGGAGUCAGCUGAGCUUUAUUUGUUCACACACGGCUUUUGUGCAUGGACCCCUUGCAUUGGGUCUACAUAGCAACAUUCCCAAGAGUCUCUGUUUCUGAGAGAUAAUUGAGGUCAAAAUAAGAUAACUAAAUCAUCUCUCAGUUACAGAAACGAAUACAAAAUAUCACAAAUCACCCCCAAAAUACACCAUAAUAGCACAGGAACCCCCAAAAAGUCAUAUAAUUUAAUUGCUGGAGUCUGAGCGCCCACUUUGUCAAAAAAAAGGGCUCAGGUCCCUUCGGUAGUUUGAAUUCGCCAUUCGAAUAAAGUUUUGACGUGUCGGUCACAUGGUGAUGUCCCAAAAUAGUUCCACAGAAAACAAGGCAACGACCAGUCAUCUUUCAUUGGGUUCCCAUAUGAAUACCGAUUAAUGCUCCCCCUGGCUGUUAGGUAGCGAAUGCGCCCCUUGUUCGGUAGUUUAUGUCUCUCGAACACCAUUUUCCUAACUGUUCGGGAAGUUGCACGGGCAGUGGUACAAGUUUCCCCGAUGUUCGUGGGGUCGCGUAUCUGACAUACAGUUCCACGCACUCGACAACCAUGUACUACUACAUGCGUUCGGGAGAUAAAAUGGCCGCCAAUUCUUGGAGCACGUGUGUUCGGUUAUAUGAAUGGCGGCCACACAGGGAAAGCACUUGAAUUAAUUGCAUACUUAUGGUUAACAGCCAGUGGUCGGUGAUUAUGAAAUGUGAACAAGGGGAGUUGGUUCGGUAAAUGAACAGAGGGUGUAUAGACAGCCGAACAAAAGGAAAAAAAAGUUUAUUUUACAAAUCCAUUCUGCUACAGAUACUAAAUUAGGGGCUAUCUGCCAAACAUCCCUAGUAUGUGUAGUAUUUUUAACACUUUCCAUUUGAACUUCAUAUCACUAUUUUGUUUUUCACUUUAUCAAUCUUUAUUGAAUUCCCAGAUAAUUGUUUAAGCACAUUUUAAACUUGUUUCUAUUCUUCACAAUAAUUUACCAAAAAGUCAGUCAAAUUUGUUUUGUUAAUGAUAGUGAUUACCGUCUGUUUCCAUAACUGUUAAUAACUGCUAAUUAGCGGCUGCUGUAAAAUAUAACAUCUCCAUAGAGAUUAAUAGAAGAUGAUGAAUGCUAAUAACACCUGCUUCAUAUUUUAGACUGAAAAAAAUACUUCUUGUUGCUAUAUGACUAAAAUUACACCUGUACACCUGUGUUAAAAAAAAAAAUAUUUAUUCAAUAUUUAAUGGGUCCCUCUAAGCACCAACACAGCUUUGAAUAAUUACAAAGUUGAACGUGAUAUGAGCACUCAGCACUUGUACUCAGCUCAGAGUCUGGUUUAGAACUGCCGCGAUUUGUAAAAAUCAUACAGCUAUAAGACAGCCUCUCAGAGCUGUCAAUCAGGUGGUUCCAGUAGCGUAAUAUUAAUUUUGUCCAACAUGCCACAUGUACAACUUCUGCUGAAUGCCUUUUCUUUUGAUUGGUGUAAAAAGCCUGGUUGUAAACUGAUAUCAGCUGUGGUAUGGAGGCUAUAAGUUUGCAGAGUGUUAAAACUAACCCUGUCCACUGGAUUCUUGGAACUGCCUUUGAUGGAUAAACCAAUUAUCUCAUUAAUUCCUGCCGGUGUAAGGUUUAUAUCAUAAAGGAAUGCUAGACAGUAUUACCACUAAAGAGUGCAGUAGUAGUCAUGUUGCUUAAAGUGCUCCUUUAACGACAUAAGUCCUAGUGGAAUUGCUAUUGCAAAUAUUUGGAAAAUGCACUUUUUUUUCUUAAUCUACCUCCAGUUUGCAAAAAUGUAUUGCUAAGAGGUGGUCGGUAUAUGUGGAGACAGACGAUAAAGUCAGAAAAAGAAAACAGAAACCUGAUUCUAUUUUUUAGCCAGAAACAUCUGCCUGCUGUUAAAAAAUUCUACUAGCUCCUUUUUACCAAUAAGCAUGGAAACAAGCCCAUAGAUUUUGGCUUGAAUCAAAGUUUUAAAAUUAGGCACUGCCCUAAAGAAUUUGGGAUGUGUAGCCACAAUAGCUAAGGACUUUGGUGCUCUAAGUUCUUCCUCUUUAUGUUGACUACUUUGUAAUCGUGAUUACCUGCUUCUAUUGUCCGAAUGUAUAGACCCUGUAUUUGAAAGGACAAUUGCAGGUGAGUAUGUGAUGUUGGUUCGUAUGACCAUGUUAUUUCAUUAGCUCUGUCUUUGUUGAAUGGACUAUGCUUACCACUCCCUAGCAAGGAAACUGGAGCUCUUAACAUCCUUGUUUUGAAGUAACACUACUCUCCGGGAAAACUGAGGACUGUGAAUUGUGUUAUGUUCUUUUUAUUUAUGCGGUAUUGAUCACAAAAUGAAAUGACAUUGUAUUCAACACUUCUUUUAAGUACAAGUAUAAUCCCUUCAGUCCAGUGCAUUACACUCUUUGAACGUGGUUUGAAAUAUAUUUAUUAUUAGACACCUCCUCAUUUGGAACACUUUAGAUGACUUUUUAAAUGUAAACCACUUCUCAAAACUUAUAAUUAGCAACUAUAGAUAAAUAUUACUUACCAUAGUCACUAUAGGGAUUGCUCACCUAAGAGUUAAUUGUGAUGAAAACUGACUCAUACAAUUCUGACAGAAUAGAAGUUGAAACAUGAUGCACAGUAUUUGGAGAUUUCUUUUCCUUUUAUAACUGUGCUAUUUGACCUAAUGUUUUCAAGUUGGUUGCCACUGCAAUUCAAUGUAAUGUAUUUAAACGAGCAAUGAGACGGCAUUUCAAUUUUUUUUUUAUGUGCAUAUAGAGGAGAUUAACUUAUGUCUGUGCUCAUGCAGUCUGUAUGUAACAUAGAGUGUUACCCGUAUACCCUCUAUCUGCGAGAGUACCUGUGUGUAUGACUAUAAAUAUGUCUGAGCUAGCCUGUGAGAUAUAUGUAUGUAUGUAUGUAUGUAUGUGAGUUUAUGAGGUGCCUGUGUAAAUGUAUAAAUGUGCCUGAGAGUAUCAGUUUGUGAAAUAGUGAGUGUUUACCAGUCUGACCUUUGGGUUACAGAAGCCUGGGUGCAGAAUUUUUGUUUGGCACCCUCAAGUGGACAUCUUCAUCUUACUAACUCCUCCCCUUUGCAUAUGUCCAGUCCAGGCAUUCACCUUUCCAUCUGUAAGUCCCACCUCUUUUAGUAAUCAAACACGCACUCACUGAAACUGUCAAUGAAAGACACACACUCUCACUGAUUUGACACACACUCAGUGACAAACUGACACACACUCUAACUUAUUUGAAACACUCUCACUGACAGUUACGGACACUCACUGAUUUGACAUACACAGACAGACACACACUCACUGACAGACACACUGACACAUGCUUUCAAUGACGGAUACAAUCACACUGAUUUGAAACACACACACACUGACAGACAUGCUUACUGACAGACACACACACACACACACACACACACACAAACACACACUGACAGACACACACUCACUCACUGACAGACACACACGCACUCACUGACAGAUACAGUCGCAAUGACACACACUUACUGAUUUGAAACACUCACUGACAGACACACACAUACACUUACAGAAACUCUGACACACUUUCAAUGACAGACACACACAUACACACUGACAAGUGCACUAAUACACACUCUCAAUGACAGACACACACUCUCACUGAUUGAAACACCCGCACUGACAGACUCAUUCACUGACAAACACACACACUGACACAUUUGCACAUUCUUGCACAUACACUCACAAAUUGAUUGUAUUUAUUGUGGUUUUAUUUUUUGAGGCCUAUUCUGCCUCCCUAUCUUUGGGAGAGCUGGCAUGAGUCCUCUGGCUGGGGUUCAGUAGGGAUCUUCUCCCUGGGGUCCAGUGGUUCCUGCAAUCUUCAGUGCCUCAGCGCUGAGGUUCUUCCAGUUCCUCACUGCUUCUUGUGCUCUGUUUAGUAAUCCCGGGGCCAGAGUGAUGUCAUAUUCCAGCUCCCGUGACAGCGUGAGGGACCAGUGAAGAACUGGAAGAACAUAAGCGCCUGCCUACUUUUCCUUCUCUCCCGGUGUAUUUUGGCUGAGUAGGUGUCUGCCAUCCAGGUAUGCAGGUGCUUGCUGUGCUUUACUGAAUAAGUCCUACUUCCGGAGCACCAUGUUACUGAAUAAGCAUCCUCUGGCACCUGUACUCCGUACACCCCACGCACCCGCCCAGGAUCGGCCCUGGUGUUUACCCACCUCUUAUUGCUUUAUAGCAUUUAAUAUUGAAUUUAAAAUAUUUAUACAUUUUAUCUAUUUAAAAAGACUUGUAUGAUUUAGACAGUCAUACUCAGAAUGUGUCUGUGAGUGUUUGCCAAAAGUAUUUUUCAAUACAAAUAGGUAAAAUAUUUAUCAUUUGUUACUCCAUCUCCAUGCCAAUCUCCGUCCUGAUGCCCUGCCAUUCUGACUGAGAUGAUCCAAGAUUGAUGAUCCCAGCCAAUCCAAUGUUCCCAACAGGCAAUCAUUGGGUAAAAAAAAUCACCACACUGCGCCAGUCUAAUGCUCUACAAGAAGAGCAUUUGAGGAGGUUUGCUGUGAGAGCCAAGUUUGAUUGGUUCUCCAGUGGCCGUCAGGAAGACAGCAACUAGAGGCAUAUUUAACCCAGCUAUCAUAACUUUGCUGUAUCUUACGGCAAUGUUUUUAGAUAGCAUGUUUAAAACUAAAGGGCCACUGCACCCAGACCACUUCAUUGAGAUCAUUUGGUCUGGGUACCUUUAGUUAAUGCUCGAUGAGCAUUAUCGGAAAUGUAGUUUAGAAACAUCUAAGGUGCCAACAUUCGGUGUGGAUGAUAUAACUCUGUUGCUGUUGAUUAAGCUGGACGAUGCAGUUAUUUGCUGUAACAUGAUGUUUCUUGAUGUGCAGCUAGUUCUGCAUACAGACAGUGCUGACUAUAGGCAUUUUAUUUGGGAUUUUGUUUGUAAGUUGCCUUUUCAGAUUCAGCAAAAGAAUCCUUUUGUGGCCUGCCAGGUCAUUGUUUGUGUCCUGACGCAUUGUACAUCUCUCUUUGUUCAGACGAUUAGCAGAAUUACCGUAAUUGUCUGUCACAAAAUACCAGUGUGUGUGCCUGCCUAGAUUUCCACCCUUUUUAAUCUACAGGAAACUGAUUUCAUCAUUUACUCCCACUUUUAGAACAUUUACCUUCAACCCACGUGCAAGCAUCAUGAAAACAUGAAAAAGGCAAGAUAUUUAGCAAAUUAAUCAUCUAGUUUUAGACAGUUGAACAACAGUGUUGAGAUUAUUCUGUAAACCAGGAACUAUGGAUAAGUAACAAUUUUUCACAGAAUGUGGAACAAGAUAGCUGAGCUGGGGGUUAUUUGAGCUGAGGAGAUAGCUGAGCCGGGGGGAUACCUGUGCUGGGGGAUAGCUGAGCCGGGGAUAGCUGUGCUGGGGAUAGCUGUGCUGGGGGAUAGCUGAGCUGGGGAUAGCUGAGAUGGGGAGGCGGGGUGAUUAGCUGAGCUGGGGAGAUAACUGAGCUGGGGAGAUAGCUGAGCCGGGGGGAGGGGUUAGCUGAGCUGGGGAGAUAGCUGAGCCAGGGGAUAGUUGAGGUGGGGGGAUAGCUGAGGUGGGGUUGGGAUAGCUAAGCUGGGGGGAUAGCUGAGGUGGGGUGGGAUAGCUGAGGUGGGGGUGGGAUAGCUGAGCUGGAGGGAUAGCUGAGCCUAUUAACAGCACUCUAUGUGAUUUUUUUUUUGUUGCAGUUUUUAAAGAAAAAAAAUCUUUAUUAAUUUUUAAUUAGAAACCCACUAUUUUUAAGUGUUUAAAAGCUUUGCUUUAAACAUCGUAUGGACUCAUAGUUUAGCCUAAAGUUUAAAAACCACAAGUUAGUUCCUUCCUUCCUUCCUCCCUUCCUCCCUUCCUCCCUUCCUUCCUUCCUUCCUUCCUUCUUUCCUUCUUUCCUCCCUCCCUCCCCCCUCAUUUUCAGAUGCUGUUGGGGGUUGAAUCUCAUGGUGCAAUCCCAUUUAUCUAACAACAACAACAACAACAACAAAAAGAGGGGAAAUAUCAAUCUGACUACAUCAACACAGUCCAUCCUUUAAAUCUAGUAAUCCUCUUCUAGACACAACUAAACCUAUCCAAAUGUUCCAUUAGGCCUCGUCAGCAAGAGGAUGCUGAUCUCCAAUCCUCUAUCCCAAAACAUUAUAAUUAUAAUGAUUGCAUACAACUAAGUGGUGUCCAAAAUAUAGGCUAAUGUGCGUGUUCUUCCCAUACAAUCCCAUAAGACCCCUUCCCCCCACUAAAAAUACAAAUGAAUUAUGAAUAUUUCUCAAUUUAUGUCUCCAAUGUCGAUUGUUGUCAAACAGUUAAAUGAGUUAUCAUCUUUUGCUCAUAGAAAAGGGACAAAGACGUUUUUACUACCUUUGUCCUUUAAUGAUCUCUGUCCCAAGUAUGCUGGCCCUCGUUGUGUGCUUCCCACCAUAUGACAUUGCAAUGGGUUAAUUAUUUUCCUUGCCUUUAUCUGAUCCAUCUUCUGCUUCCUCUUGCCAUGAUUAAACAUUGUGCCCUAGCCCCAGUGUUUUGUGUUCUCUCUCCCCUUUGGAGCCCAUGGGCAUUGAAGUCUUCUAUGUAUUCUAUUCAGCGUAUUCUUCUCUGAGUAGAUCUAGGAGAGACAAUUGACUGAGGCACUUUGUCUACUGGGAGUGGAAAGGGAAGGAAAAAACUGACUGUCACCUGCUUAGUUCUGGAAGUAAUUGAAUUGAGGAGGUGUUGGACGGAGACAAAACACACACUCAUCAUUUGGCUGCCUGUAGCUCCUAAUGUGUAAUUUGAAUUUUAUUGCUCCAUGGAGAAGAAUAAGUGGGUGCUGAGGAUGCAUCCCUCAGGUCUUGGUAUAGUCUUGUGUUUUGGCAUCUUACCAAUUUCCAUGGGCCCCAGGCAGUUCUUCUCUAUACCCUGUAUUAAAGGGAGCCUACAGGUCCAAAAUAGCAAUUGUUAUUGUGGAACUAUAGAUUCCCUUCUGUUUGAACCUCUUUUGUCCACACACCUUUGCUGCUACAAUUAAAGCUAAAAAAAAAAGAUUACUCACCUUGUUUGUAGCACUGGAAUUCAUCUACUGCAGCGUCCAGAUUUGUCUCCGAUGAUGUAAUUAUCCAAACUGACAUUACCCUCAAUAUCCUUUAAUACAUUGCUUCUCGUAGAGAUGCCCAUGUGCGGCCAAACGCUGAACUCCAUCCAUCAAAUGAUCCGAUCAGCAGCAUUUGAUUCCCAGACUGAGUUUUAGGAACACUAAGGGUUGACGUAACCCUGCAAUGUAAUCAUUGCCGUUUCUAAAAAAAAUAUUAUGUUUUACAUUGUAGGGUUAAAAUGACAGAACAAGUACUGCAAGGCCACUUUAUUGAGACUAAGUACUCUGGGUGACUAUAGUGUUCACCUUAAAGGGAGUCCUGCCCAUUUCAUGUGAUAGAGCUUAACAGAUUCAGAGACAAAGUGUAGUUAUUCCUGGAAUAAUUAAUUUGUUUCUGGAAAUAGCAUGAAAGCCCUGUUCUAGGUUGGUUCCAAACUAGGAAGGGUUCAGUACGAUUGUUGUAGUUUUAAUCUAAGUGAGGCUGAAGAUGCAAAAAUAAAUGGACCUGACUAAAAUAAUUCAGACUCUUAAAUACACAGCUUGUUAAUGAUCAGUUCAGACAAAAAGACAACAGGACCAUAACAUUUUUAAAUCCACAUGUAGGAUGACACGUUAACAUUAUAUUAGUUAGUUUGUUUAAAAAAAAUAUUUUGGGAAAUACAAAGAGUAAGUGACAAGUCAAUUAAAAACAAAAGAUAUCAAAUCCCAUACAGGACAAGGUGGAAUAAUGCAAAAAUUAUCUCCUCAGACAUUGAGCUAUGCCAAACAACAUCUAAUGUGUGGAUACUUGAUUUAAAUGGACACUUGAGUCGCCAGGACAACUAUAGCUUAAUGUAGUUGUUCUGGUGAGUAUAAUAGCUCCUUUCAGGCAUUUUCAUAUAAGAAAUGGCAGUGUUUACAUUGCCCCUAGGGACACUUCCACGUGGCCACUCCUUAGAUGGCCACUGGAGGGGCUUACUGGCUCAGGGCUGCACAAUAAGCAGUCCUGCCAUUCAGUUGGAGACACUGAAUUUUCCUCAUAGCGAUGCAUUGAUUCAAGGUCAUGAUUGGCCGAAAUUGCAUUUGGCCCCGCCCACGUGCCAAUUUUACAAAAAAAAGGGGUGGGGCCAGCACCGGCAGACCCGCGCAGCCCUGGAAAUAAGUUUUAAACUUUCUUAUGGGGACUAGCCACCUAAAUGCUAGGUUAAACACCAUAGGGUCAGGAAUACAUGUUUGUGUUCCUGACCCUAUAGUGAUCCUUUAAGCACUUUGAAGUGGAGGGGUCAAUUAACAAUAUCUAACUUUGUUUAACAUAAAUAAUACUUGGGGACUAUGAGGGCACAUCUGAGAUUAGCACAAUACUUGUGCAUAGUUUUCAUUAUGCUAUACACAAGUACAGAGAAAAUCAUUAUAAUGUUCAAUUAAUAAUUUGUUAUGCGGCCAUGUUUGAUUGUCACAGCCUUUAAUGACUAUCAUAGGUAGGCAACAAGCCUACUGCUGGGCAAGAAGCUUACUAACUGUAUGGAAUGUGUUAUACAUUUUUUUAUAAAUGUACCCUGUAAAUAUAAUAUACCAUUGCCUUAAAGGAAAUCCAGUUUAAAGGUAAAUUGGUUUAAUACAGUUGUCACAAAUGUUCAAGUAUUCCAGGCCAAGUAGGAAACAAAUAGAAUUUUGCUUUAACUAGACAUUCUGUAGAAUUAUUAAAUUAUUUUUUACAAAAUAGCAAUUACACUGUAUAGUAUAGAAUUGCCUUUAUUGCAUGUCUGAAAUAUACAUUGAAGGACAAUUUGUUUACCAUUUACAAAAAAAUUCUACUUAAUUUUAUUGCAAAAACAAAAUCAUGCACAGAAAUAUAAAGAGCUGUCAAAUAAUGGUACAUAAACAUAUGAGCAUACAGAUCAGGCAUUAUCACGCAACAUAUUUUUGAGAUUAAAUAUAUGUUUUUAAAAAUGUAUACUUUGAGAAAAGGAAAAAAACAAAAAUUGUGGAAUGUUUGUAUUUUUCUGCAAAUCUGUAGCUUCUCUGGAGACCAAGAUGGGGCUGAGAAUCCCAUCGUUCUUUGGGUUGGUGUGUGUUUUUGUAACUAUAGGUAGGUGCUUUACACCAGGGGUGCCCAAAAGGUAGAUCCCUCGAUGAUUUCAAACUACAGCUUCCAUGAUGCUUUGUCAUUCUAAAGGCAUGCAAAGCAUCAUGGGUGUUGUAGUUCUACAACAUCUGGGGAUCUACCUUUUGGAUACCUCUGUUUUAAACAAACACAGAAUACAGUUGUGUAAAUAUAUUAUGUAUCCACUAUGGCAUCUCCUGAAGAUUGUUGGGUAUCUCUCCCUUGCAAUGAAAUUUAGACAUUUGGUGUUCACUUGAUAUGCCAUGAGAAUGAUAUUCAUCUUUGUCAUUUAAUCACUCUCUGGGCUAAUGCUUUCUUGGUUUUAUCUGUUGGCGAUUAAAGUCACCCUCCAGUUGUCCACCCCUAUUUAUGUGAGAGGCUCACAAGGGCCAAAAGACAUGUCAGAAUAAAAUACCCUUAUCCGAUCAGAUGUCCAGAGUAGCAUAUGUCGCAAAUAAAUGUACACAUUGAAACCCUUCGCAGAACUGGUGAAUUCUGGAGGAAAAGUAGGGAAAUGCAGAAGCAAAGCUAAGAUAGACCUUUAAUAGCCUUUCAAAAUAAGGUAGCCAUGAUGUCCACUCAUAAGAAUCUUCAUUGAUUGCCACCAUAUUAUGAGGAACAUUGUAUAACUGAUAAGAAAAAACACAUGGCUUAUUCUAUUUUGGGCUAUAUAUCCAUUGUUUUAAAGUUUAUUUUCAUGACAUGGUAAUACAUAUGUUAAAAAUAGAAAUAACCUCUCUUAGAGAUUUCUCACCAAAUCUGGUACAGUGAAUCUUUUUUAUUAUUUCUUCCUGCUAAAAUUUUUAUUUUUUCUGCUAACAAAAUGCGACGUGUUUGUGUUUGUUUGGUCUUCCCCUUGGGUAAACAUGCAUCAAGGAAAGAUGUCAAUGUGAAGUACAUAGCUCUUUUGGUCUUAUACCUCUUGGCAGGGCUGGUACUCUUACUCUAUUUAGCAUCUGGUAAGCACCGAUUCUAUAAACGUUGAUCUUAUAUUAUAAGACAGACACAGGCAGACACACCCUCACUUAAACAUACACACACUUGCUUUAAACAUACACACACAUGCUCACUGACAUACACACAGGCACCUACUCUCACUGACACAUGCAUACACUACAGUCUCAUUUUAAAAUGAUCUUCAGCAACUGAAAGCUGUAUAUCUGGUGUAGGUUAUCACUCCACAUGACAGCAGGAUUAACUCUAGGGAAGGAUGCUUAGAGGAAUUGGGGGUAGUGAGAGUUCACUGCACCCACACUGUAUGUUAUGACUACAGAUUUAUUUCAUUUGAAAGAAAACUCUACUGUUAAUAGAUUGUUGCAGGUGCAGUGCAGUAAUCGGGGCUCUUUCAAACUAAGUUCUGAUGUUUCUCCAGUCUGUUAUAAAUGGAGAAACAUCAGGACUCAGGUUGAAAGAGCAGCAAGUACUGCACUGCACCUGGAACACAGUUAUAGAUGAAAGCAAUGCUCUCAUAUGGGAAGGCUCACUAAUGCUUUGUGCUGAGGAGCAAAGAGCAUGAGGAAGAGUCGUGUCCUGGCUGUAUGAUUGACAGCUGGGAGGGUACAAUCCAGAUACCUUAUAAAAGUGCAGAUUUCUCUUGAAAUUGUUACUUUUAUAACGUGUGUAAGAGGGCAUCCUCUGUCAAAGCGAGCUCUAAGCAUGUAGCAUCCUUUCACAUUAAUUAAUUGAGAAUUUUUAUCAAGUGCUCUUUUAAUUACCUACUAAAGCCUGCAACUGCCUACUGUGUUUGAUUAAAGCUCCGUUACCUGAGCAGGAGAUAAGAACUUUUUUAAAAAAAAAUCUAUAAAAACAUUCUGUAAUGUAAAAAUUAAAUAUUGUUUUCAUGGAGUCAGGGUUAAAAAUGGGUGGUGGGGCUAGAGCUGCAAAAACAUAGUGAUUUAAAUACUAAAUUAAGGUUUGGUGCCUAAGGUGUAAUUUUAAACCCUAAAGCCCUUCAAAGACCUGUGGAAGUUCUGGGGUGAAAAUAUGUCUUAUUUGAAAUAAAUAAAUGAAUACAGACUAGGAGACUUCCUCUCUCUUAAUUCUAUCGUCCCAGGUCUAGGCCUAUUGAGAUUAAAACUAAUAUACAUAUAUUCAUAUGCAUAUACACAUUCAACAGUACAGUGCUGUGAACAUCAGUUCCCCUUUGUUGCUGUUGUUACCCCUCCUGCUUUGAUGAUUUGCAUCCCAUCUGCACUAAAUGCUCGACAUGAAAUAUCAUAUAGAUGUGUAGAUGAAUAGAUGUACAUAGAACUGUACAGCAAGGAUGUAACAUUAUGUUAUCUCUUUUGUUAUGGUAGUGACAAGUUUAUAGCCGUGAAAAAAACGUAGUUGAUGUGCUAGCAAAUGUUUUUUUCAUUAUUAAAGAGAUGAUAAUUGUUAAAAGGACAAUCCAAGCACAUGAUCAGCUGACGAAUGCCACGACUUAAUAUUUUUGGUUGAGUUUUUCAUAUGAUUUAAUAUUUUUUCAUAUGAUUUAUAAUGAUUUUUUUCAAACAAUUAAAAUAUCAAAAAGAAUAUAUCAUAUAAAAAAUCCAGACAUGUCCAGACAGUUAACAACACUACAACCAGAACCUUUUUCUGAUUGUGUGUCUGUAUUUGUUACUGUGUUUCAUUGGAUGUCUCUGUACAUCAGUUUCUAUGUGUGUGUGUGUGUAUCAGAGUGUGUGUAUAUAUGUGUUUGUAUCAGAAAAUAUCUGCAUGUGUGCAUCAGUGUGCGUGUGUAUGUGUGAACAAAUAUUUGUGUGCAUGUCCAUAGUGGCAACAUGGCUUCAAAACGCAAUGUAAGGGCGAUUUGGUAUGGCAAAUGUCAUAGUAAUAUGGCAACAGAUACAAUAUACACUUAUCAGCUGCACUGGCAGGUUAAGUGAAUAACAUUGAUUAUAUUGUUACAAUGGUACCUGUCAAGGGGUGGAAUAUAUUAGGCAACAAGUGAACAGCCAGUUCUUGAAUGUCAUGUGUAGGAAGCAGGAGAAAAGGCAAGCGAAAAGAUGUGAGUUACUUUGACAAAGGCAAAAUAGUGAUUACUAAAUGACAGCAAGUCUUGUGGGGUGUUCCGAGUAUGCACUGGUUUGUACCUACCAACAGUGGUUCAAGGCAGGACAACUGGUGAAAUUGUGACAGUUUCUUGGGUGCCCAAGACUCAUCGAUGCACUUAGCGAGUGAAGGCUAGCAUGUCAAACUUCUGAAAAACGUAAUGCUGGCCAUGAUAGAAAGGUGUCCAAACAGAUAGCAGUUUGUUGCUUGUGGGGCUGCGUAGCUUCAACUGGUCAUAGUGCCAAUGAUAACCCCUAUCCACCACCUAAAGUACCUUAGAUGGGAAUAAGAGUGUCACAACUGGACCACGGAGCAAUGGAAGAAGGUUGCCUGGUCUGAUGAAUCCUGUUUUCAUUUAGAUCAGGUGGAUGGCCGGGGGCAUGCGCAUCGUUUACCUGAGGAAAAGAUGGCAGCUGGAAGUACUAUGGGAAGAAUGCAGGCCGGUAGUGUUAUGCUCCGAGCAAUGUUCUGCUUGGAAACCUUCGGUCCUGACAUUCAUGUUCAUGUUACUUUGACACGUACCAACUACCUAGUGAUUGUUGCAGACCAUGUACAUUAUUAUUAUGUUAUUAUUUAUAUAGCGCCAACAAAUUCCGCAGCACUUUACAGUGGGUGGACGAACAGACAUGUAGUUGUAACCAAUCAAGUUGGACGCACAGGAACAGAGGGGUUGAGGGCCCUGCUCAAUGAGCUUACAUGCUAGAAGGAGUGGGGUAUAGUGACACAAAGGGUAAGGAUAGUAUUAGACUAAUGACAGUUGCAAGAGAGGAAUCAGUUGGAAGAAGUGGGGUUUUAAUGGGGUUUUUUUAAGGAGUGGAAACUGGGUGAGCAUCUAAUGGAGGAGGGAAGUGAGUUUCACAGGAACAUCCCUUCAUAGCAAUGGUGUUCUCUAAUGGCCGUGGCCUCUUUCAGCAGGAUAAUGCACAUACAUUUAAACAUUACUUUCCAGGACACCCAAAGUUCUAGAAUUCUGUGGGUACAUUUUUGCAAACCACUUGGUAGUAAAGGAGUUAAUGAGAUUAAUGCAUUUUUUGCAUUUGCCAAGUUUCAUAUGUAUUGCACUGUAUUCUAAAUCUGAAUGCAAGACAGUAUCUAUGCAAGUUUGUAAAAUGACGAUUCCCCAGUUUCUUUAGAGUUAAUUAAAUAUAAAAAGAUUUAGUCAGCCUUGUAAUUGCAAAUUAGAACAUCCCCAGGUUUGUGAACUUCCAUUCUGAACACAUAAGAACAUUUUUUUUUUGUUUCAAGAUACCUUAAACUACAGUUCGCCAUUUCUAUUACCAUUAGAAAGGAGUGAUGAAAUUGAACAUAUUUUGUAAACCAAUAAAUUAAUCAAAACUUCAUCAGUUUUAUUUUAGUAUUGUUUUUAAAAAAAAUACUGUAUAUUCACAAAAUCACUAUAAAAAUGAUUUUUCAAUACCUUUUUGUUUGGAUGUUACUCAUCAAAGACAGUCAGUGCUGAAUCUUGCUGUGAUAUAAAAUGGCUAUUGUGACUCAUUGGGUUUAUUCAAUGACUAUGUGAUGGGGGAGAGGGGAAGAGUGAGUAGUCAGAAGGAACACUAGUUAUGAAAAAAAUAACAGUAUAGAAAUAGAAACAAACUCAUUCUCAAUUGCUGAUUUUAUCAGUAUAAUUUUUGGCUAGAUUUAAUUGAAGAAGAAUGUUUAUAAUGACUUAAAAUGGAUGCACGCUGAUAACUGUGCAUCUAAUCUAAUAAUCUAAUCACAUUUGAUUUACGGCUUUCCCAUUUCGGUGCCUUUUAAGCACUUUUCCAAUUAUAAAAAAAAUUAAACAGUGCAUUUUCUAUCAUUACUUUACAAAACAGUGACUCACUUUGUUUGAUUUAAAACGAACAACAACAAAAAAUGGUAUUAUUAUUACUGGAUGCAGGGUUACUUUGUCACUAUUUCCAAUUAUUCCAACUGGCAGGUCUAGUGUGAAAUCCUAUUAGUGGCACUAGGUGACCCUGUGAAAAAUUUACUGUUCAGGAUGCUUGAGGUACAGAGACAAAAUCUAUGUGUUAAUAUGGUCAUCAGAAAACAGAUGAUUCCUGGAACAGACGCAAGGCAUGGGGCAGCAACAUAAUUAAGUGUAGCAUACUGCUGGUAAAAGAGGCACUUUGAUCCUUCGCAUGGCUCUACAUCUCAUGAAUAAACCAGAAUAAAAAAACAUACUUCUACCAGCAAAGGUGGAGAUUAAGGAGACACUUACGGAGUGAUUGCAUAUUGGCACUGCUUAGAGACUGUAAAGGUGUGAGACGGAAAAUCAAUUUUAUAAAUAUAGAGAUAUGUCAUUUUCUUUCUCUUAAAGAGCGUCUAGAUACAUUUUUGCAGUGAUGUGCACGUGAGUUUAAGUAAGAUAUGUCCUUUAGUGCUGUGGUUCUUAACCUCUAGGGUGAGAGCCGAAUCUGAGCCCAGGUUAUUUUAGGGGGGUCCUCAUUUUUUGUAACAAACAUAUCUUCAUCAUCUGUUGCCAAGCAACUGUCCGCCAUAAAUUGUUUACUGUAGCAACACUGACUUACCCAGUGUCAUGAAGACACUUUGACACUAAGGCCUCUAUUUAAUAAGAUUUCCAAAGGAUUCAAUAUUGUUAGAAAGAAUUUCCAGAAUGUGGGAAUGUAUAGUUUUAUUUUUGUUUGUGAUAGUUAGUGUGAGUGUAAUGUGUCAAUCUAGUGUGCAUUGUGGGAAUGCACUUACACACAUUUUACAGUAAGUGAGCUCUGUGUAAACAAAGUUGUAUAUAUUUAUUGAAUAGGACUUAUUUGAAAUGUAAUAAGCAAUGCAGGCAUUUUGCGAAUCAUAUGCAAAUGUAUUUUUCUUAGAAUGUAAAUGCUGUAGGCAGUGUGUGAAUGCUGUGAUUAGUGAAUUUACAGAUUCCUUCUUACCGCCUUAUCUAACCAUAUUUCUCAUCUCUUGCCAUACUCUUACCACACUAUAUCCAUAGGACGUUGAAAUGUAGUCCUUAAAUUUCCUCAGUGAAAGCAAGCUCACGUCAGACACCUUUCCUCUAGGAAAUUAUAGGAAAGAUUAAAGUGAAGCCCCGAUGCAGCACUCCGUAUGUGCUAAGAUGGUUGUACUACAUUCAAUAUGUCUAAAUCUUUACAUGCAUUGUCUAUUAUUUUUAAACAUACCAUUGUGCCAUUGUGAGUGACAGACAUGAGAAGGACGGAACAUGCUUCUACUGGUGUGAGCCAGAUGGAGUGAUCUUUGGUCCUUUUCUCUUGCAAGUAGCUGAUGGAGCCACGGGACACUAGGGGAGGUAUUAUAAGAUGAAACAUGAUUUUCUGGUCGAAAGUGUUAAAAAGUUGAGCUCCAUUUCUUUGGUUUCCAUGGAGAUUAUUCCUUAAUUAGCACUUUGCCUCCAAAGGGUACUUCUUUUUGCCUUUGUAAAUUAUCCCCUAACUGUCAUAUUGCUUGAUUUACAUAAAUGCUUGCAGAGCACGAAGACUGAGAAUCUGGUGAUUGGCUUUAUGAAUAUAAUCUGUUCUCUUUACGUCAUAGAGAUACGACCGUUGCCUUUUCCCUAAGUGUAAUUAGUAGUUUCAUUAUUGGAUUUAAGUUGUAUCCUAUACAUGGCAGUAGGCAUUUAGCAGUCACUGGAAGAGAGAUGUAGAAAUUAAGCAUUUACAGAAAUUGAAACAUUAGUAUAUAUAUUUUUUCUUGGUGGAUGGAUAGCAGUCUUACUAAACAGGAGUACGCCAACGCGGUUUGACAGCUGCAGAGAUACAAUGGAAUCUCAGAUGAAAGGAGAGAGAAGCAAGCACCUUUUUUUUCAGUGACACCAAUUUCCCAUGAUUUAUUGUGAAGCCUCUGCAUUCAAGGCAUCAGGCUGAUUGUGAGUGACAUAUUCAAACAGUUUAAGUUAAUCUGGAUCUUGAAGAAUGAGCAUUGUUACACUGGAUUUGACAUUAAACAUUUCCAGUUUCCUGGGACUGUAUUAUUCUGGUAUACAGCACUGCGGAAUAGAUUGAAUAUAUACAAGUCAUAAUGAUACAUUAAAUGAAAAGGUAUCUACACGAAGAACGGAGAGAGUACAUUACAAAGAACUGUGUAUUAUGGGGAAAUAAGCCAUGGAAGACUAGGUAUAAUUUAUUAACUAUGAAUGAUACAUAUCUCCAGAACCCCGAAAAUACAUGGUCCCAGAAUACAUGGUUCAUCGUUAUGCAUUUUCUUUAUGUCUCUCUCUCAACAAAUAUAUAUUUAUUAAAAUAAUGUUUUACAGUAUAUUUUUAUGACACUGAUUAGCCACAACAUUAAAUCCACUGACAGGUGAAGUUAAUAACAUAGAUUAUAUUGUUACAAUGGCACCUGUCAAGGGGUGGGUAUAUUAGGCAGGAAGGGAACAAGUAAUUCUUGAAUUACAUGUGUUGGAAGCAGAAAAAUGGGCAAGCGAUAUGAUCUGAUUGACUUUAACAAGGGCCAAAUAGUGAUGGCUAGACAACUGGAUCAGAGCAUCUCCAAAGCAGCAAGUCUUGUGAAGUGUUCCCGGUAUGCAGUGAUUAGUACCUACCAAAAGUGGAGUAAGGAAGGACAACCGGGAAGCCGGCAUCAGGGUCAUGGGCUCCCAAGGGCUCCCAUUGGUGCAUGUGGGGAGUUAAGGCAAGCCUGUCUGGUCCGAUCACAUUAAAGAGCUACUGUAGCUCAAAUUGCUGAGAAGCGUAAUGCUGGCCAUAGAACACACAGUGCAUUGCAGUUUGCUGCAUAUGGGACUACAAAGCUGCAGACAAGUCAAAGUGCCCAUGAUGACCUCUGUCCACCGCCGAAAUCUCCUUCCAUGGGGAUGUGAGCCUAAGAAUUGGACCAUGGAGCAAUAGAAGAAAGUUGCCUGGUCUGAUGAAUCAUGUUUCUUUUAGAGCAGGUGAAUGGCCAGGUGCACAUGAGUCAUUUACUUUGGGAAGAGAUGAGAGCAGGAUGCACUAUGGGAAGAAAGCAGGCCAGCAGAGGCAAUAUUCAGCAGGGUAACCUUGGGUCCUGGUAUUCAUAUGGAUGUUACUUUGACACCUACUACCUACCUAGAGAUUGUUGCAGACCACGUACACCCCUUCAUGACAAUGGUGUUUCCUUAUGGCAGUGGCCUCUGUCAGCAGGAUAAUGCACACUGAAAAAAGUGAUUUUAAUGUUGUAGUUGAUCAGUGUAUCAAAAAGUAAAAUUUUAAAGCCACACGAAAAAAUAAAACUUGGUGAAAUGCAGAAAUGUAUCUCCGACACUUCCAAUCCAACGCAAAUAGAGAACUUUAUUUGUGUACCGCAAUAGCUACGCACAGUGCAAUAGAUCUUUGACUGCAUUCCAUUAAUAGUUCUGUCGUGUGUGGGUAGAACAAUACAGCAUCAUAGUAACAAUAGACAUAUUUAGCUUCCUCUGAUACCGCUCAAACAAAAUUGAUGUUCCAUUAAAAUGAAUGGAUUUGCUGUCUUCUUCAUCAAAUAAAAGGGUUGUGUACACCAUAACCACUACAUCGUAUUUAUAGAUUUUGCACUCUCACAGUACCAUUUUUAGUUUUGAUUAAAAUGUCAUGUAUAUUUAUUGUGUUUAGUUUUGUGUGAAUACAACUUUUUGGCAUUAAACUUCCUGAAUUUUGUAAUUCGGUUUUUGGUGCACUAUUGUUCACUGUCAGGGCUAUUUACGCAAGUGAAAAUUGUCAAGAAUUAAAAGUGACUUUUCAACUCAAGGCCAAAGCAGCUGAACUGGAAAAAUUCUUCAUGCCAACUAUGGUUUCAGUUCAGCUACUAUGAACUUAAAUUUAGAUUCACUUUAAAUUCCCAACAGUUUAGUAAAUAACCCUGGGUGUCUUUUACAGAUAUUGUGUCCCUUAAGGAACAUUGUGAAUGGUUCUAGGAAAUGAGUUAACUGAACAGGACUGUUUAUCGACUGAAAAGGUUUAAACCACACGUGCCCAAAAGGUGGAACAUCAGACGUUUUUUUCUUACAUUCUUUAUUUUGGGUGAGCAGUGAAACAGACAUAGAUUGACAGUGACACAUGGUGCAAACACAAAUAGUGGGUACAGGUUUAUAGUCAGAGCACAAAAUGUCAAGAAAAGCUGCACAUUUUUAAAUGUUAAACAAUGACAAGUAAGGAGAAUAAACUGUUGCGUGUAUGCUACCUUUGAGUGAUAUGCAAUUGGUGACAAGCUAUAUUAGGGGGUAACAUGAGGAUUAAUAAUACCUCUGGACCCAGUCACAUCAUGGUACUAUGUCACAUCAAGCUUAUAAUAUAAACAGGAAAUAUAAACUGACACGAGUUGCCGGACUGUAAAAACAAAUAAAACAGUAUCAGAUAAGGUGAUAAACCGGAAGCUCAGUUCAGCCAACUCCUCUAAGUGUCAGCACUACUUCUCCUCCAUGGAAGACAACACAAGACAAAGUGCCCCUCCAGCCCCAGGCCUGUGCAAGAGGUGUAGGUGACUGUUGCUGCCGUCGGUGGUUAAUCUUCCACCAAUAUCGGUGUAGCGGUAAGGUCAAGCCUCGCAUGGCUCUCAUCCUGAGUUGGUUGAUGUGAGGUUGCUUCAGCUUCUGCCGCUUGAUAUUUCUGCCCCGAAGAGGCCUCCUCAUCAGCGGUUCUGUGCUUCUCCAGUCUCCCGGCAGCUGCUGCAGUCUGUAAGCAGAGUUACGUGCAAGCAGUGACUGCCAGAAUUGGUGGAAGAUCUCAUCGAGCCACUUCAAGUAGAGUGGAGUGGAAUUGUGGUGGGCCAUCUGUAGUGAACUCACGCCAUGUAAGUCGGUUAGAUAGACAGCCGCCAUCUUGGCGAGACAGAGACCAAUUCAGUAUCCAUUUCAACCAAGUGGUAAGUAUAGGCGAAACAGCAUGCUCUUGUCCAGAGGGGACCUGGAUAACCUCCAACGGUCCAAAGGGAGGAAUGGGUGGGAGUGCAGUGGGUCUGAGCCAGGAGCAAAAGAACCAGGUGGUCAGCCGCAUUUCCCCAACUCUGCUCCCAGCAGGCCGCAGCAGGCUUAUCUGAGCACCCGGUACUUAAAGGUUCCAGGAAAGGUAUAUGUCUUUACGCCCGGGAGCCCAUGGCCCAGUACAUGUAUGAUGGUCCUCUGAAAAGCUUGAUGAUAGGGAACCGCACGUCUGCACAGCGCGAGGAUCAGGCUCAGUCUCUCAUCCUCAGAAAUUUGAGAAUUACAAUGCCCAUGACGCUUUUCCAUUCCAAAGACUGGCUAAGCAUCAUUACAUUGUUAGUACUACUACAUAUAGGGAGCUACCUUUUCAACAAUGCUGGUUUAAAAAUGCUUAAAAACAAAAGCAAAAUAUUAUUUAUUGUAAUAUUGUUAAUGGUUUAUCAUUUUAUUAAAUAAUUUAGUUUGAUUUAAAAUCGUAAAUGUUUAAAUUAACAUUUAUUUAUUACUCUCUAUUAGGUCCUGUAUUGUAUCUGA